AUCAACCUUCCCCAAAGGCAUCGAUCACGUCCGUAUCAACUUCCUCUCCAACUUCCAGUAUCUAGGGCACCAAGCUACCCUUCUCCUCCCCCCCCUCUUCAAGUUUCUCCCACACAAGGCAGCCUUCAGCUACCUGAGUCCUUUUCCACACGGUCAAAGCUCUUCUCGUCAACUCAAACAAAGACCUCGUGUCCUCAGCCAUCAACAUGUCUUCUGCCGUCGACAACCUCGCCGACAACCUGGCUUCCACCACCAUUAACGAUACCAACGGCACUUCCCCUGCCGCCGCCCAGACCGAUGCGGCGGCCGCCAGUGCCGAUGAAGGUCGUCGGUUGUACAUUGGGAACCUCGCGUAUGCGACCACUGAGGGGGAGCUCAAGGAGUUCUUCAAGAACUACACCAUUGAAAGCACCUCCAUUCCGGUGAACCCUCGCACCAACCGCCCGGUUGGCUAUGCGUUUGUCGACCUUGCCACUGCCCAUGAGGCCCAGAACGCCAUCCAGGAGCUGUCAGGCAAGGAGAUCCUCGAGCGCAAGGUCUCUGUCCAGGUCGCUCGCAAGCCCGAGCCUGCAGAGGCCAAGGCGGAGGGUGCUGUGAGUGGUGGUGAGGGUGCCAGCGGCAACGAGGGCCGCAAGAGGGGAUCGGGCCGGGGCCGUGGCCGCGGUCGUGGCCGUGGUGGCCGUUUCGGACGUGGUGGUCGCCAGCAGCAGCAGCAGAACGGCGAGCAUGCGGAGCCCACCAACGUGCCCGGUCAGGUCGCUCCUCUGACUGAGGUCACCAACGAGAACCAGGCGGAGGCUCCCAAGGACGCCAAGCCUCGUGGCCGCCCCCAGAAGCAGCGUGGCCCUCCUGAGGAUGGUAUCCCAUCCAAGACCAAGGUUAUGGUGGCCAACCUGCCCUAUGAUCUGAGUGAGGAGAAGCUCAAGGAGCUCUUCGCCGCCUACGAGCCCGUUUCCGCCAAGAUCGCUCUCCGCCCUAUUCCUCGCUUCAUGGUCAAGAAGCUGCAGGCCCGUAACGAGCCCCGCAAGGGUCGUGGCUUCGGUUUCGUCACCCUCGGUUCCGAGGCUCUCCAGCAGAAGGCCGUCGAGGAGAUGAACGGCAAGGAGAUCGAAGGACGUGAGAUCGCUGUCAAGGUCGCCAUUGACAGCCCCGGCAAGGAGGACGAUGCUAACGCUGCUGCUCCCGCCGAUGCGCAGGCGCCCGCCGGAGAGGCUGCCGCUCCCGCUGCUGCUCCGGCUGAGGAGAACGCGGCUCCCGCUGCUUAAAUGACAAGAUCCGUUUUUUGCCCAAACGGUGAUGGAUGGGGAAGGGGAUGAUCGUGGGGCUGGUGAUCAGUAUGAUGGAUAUUUUCAUAGUACGCAUCGGAGGAUGCGGUCUUACACUGUGGAUAUCUCUUACUAUUCAGCAGACCUAAGGUGAUGACGAAUUUCAUGUGUCUACAGUCUACCAUGACCACAUAAUAUGGGGACGCGCAGGAUGAUUCUGGUUGAAGGAACCCGUGUGGAGGGUUGCCUAUUCAAUCGUGGCCUGUAUCUUAGAAACCAUUUAACUUUAUGAUUUGCCUCAAGGCUGGCCUUGUAGAAGGUAUCUUUGGUGCAUUCUAUACGACGUAUAUAUCUUAUUCUUUUGAGAGUCUGUAGCGGUCCUGGUAUGGCAGGCUAGCUCGGCCAAAUCGGUAAAACCCAGGAUAAUCGCCAUGGACGGGUAAAUUCUAUUGGC